CUCCUCAUAAAAUACAUUUAUUUUAUUUUUGUUAAAGCAACACGUCUCGUGUAGCAUCGUCGUUCUUCUUCAUUGUGUUCCACUGUUGGUCUCUCUGGAUUCCGUUACCAAUAAAUGUUAUUCAGAAAUUUGCGUGCCCACUGAUUACCAAAUCCCGCGCUCAGCACAGUCCGCAAUUCUGAACGCUAUGGCGUUGACGACUGUAAAAUCGAUCGAACAGGCGCUCAGCCUCGUCGACGAGAAGAAGCAGAGUUUGAAAAAAGCCUUCGAAGAAUUGGAAUCGCGUUCCUCUUCGCUCUCCUCCUUGAAUUUCGCAUGGACUGAUCUCGACUCGUAUUUCUCCGGCGCCCAAUCCGAGCUCCUCGACAAAUUGGCCGUCCUUCAAGCCCUAGAAUCCUCUAAAACCGGUAACGAAAAAAACUCGCUAUUGUCAGAGCCGGUGCUGGCCCGACCCGAGCUGAAGUCCUUCUGUGAAAAAAUGGAUGCUUUGGGUUUGCGCAAAUACGUACUUGACCGUCCCAAGGAAAGGGCUGCGAUUAGGGCUGAGUUGGCCGACGCGUUCAAGCACGCUCCGGACGCGGGCUCGAUGGUUUUGGAUACGUUGGAGGGCUUUUGGGAUGACAAGUUAGGGUCGGGGUCUAGGCUUAGGACGGCUUGCGUGGUGUUGUUGGAGGAGUUGAUGAGGGCUGGGGUGGAGAUGAGAGCGGAGGUUAGGGAGCGGGCCACAGCCGUCGCGUCAGAGUGGAAGGUGAAGAUGGCGGAAUUGAAUUGUGAAGGGGAUGAAGAAGGGAAAGAGGAAGACUGGGGUUUGGAGAGGUUGGGUUAUUUGCAGCUCCUGGCUUCUUAUAAUCUGUUGAUUGAUGGCGAGUUUGAUGUCAAUGAGCUAGUUGAUUAUGUUGUUAUGAGCGCUAGAUAUCGACAGACGGUUGACUUGUGUCGAGUUCUCCGCCUCGAGGGUAGAAUUUCUGAUGUUGUACGGAGGCUUGUAAGUAAGGGCAAACAACUUAUAGCUCUCAAAUUCGUUUUUGAGUUUGAGCUAACUGAUGAGUACCCUCCAGUGCCCUUACUGAAAGCAUAUGUGAUGGAUUCAAAGAAAUUUGCCCAGAAAGUGCGUAAGAGUGGGAAGAGUUCUCGCCAGUCAUUGAAUGAUGCUGCAAUGAAAGAAAUUAGUGCAUUGAAGUCGGUGAUUAAGUGCGUCGAGGAUCAUGGUUUGGAAUCUCAGUACCCAAAAGAUGAAAUGUUGAUGCGUAUCGAGAAGUUGGAAAAGGAGAAGGCUGACAGGAAAAGACCUGCUGUAGCCCCUGUACCCAAACCUCAGCAGCCACCAAAGCAACCAAAACAUAAUGGGAACAAGCGAAUAAAGGCGACUGCUGCUGCUCCAUCAGCAUUUAAAAGGAAAUUUAGUGGCAACUCAGGUUUUCGCCCACCACAGCCAUCUUCUAUGAAGAGGGUAGGCUUGUUGCCAGAUCAUGCUGCUCCAUACCUUGGUUCAUCUUCUGGAGCAUAUGGCAUGACAGGAUCUCUUGUGGUUGCUGCCCCAUAUGUGGGCUCAUCUGCAGACUUGUAUGGGUUGUCAGGAGCCCCUUUGGGCUUCUCCGGGAACCUAAAUCCAUCAACCUCCAAUUCCUAUAAUCCAGAAACACAUGCACAACAUGGUUAUUAUAACAGGGGUAUAGCUUAUGGUGGAUAUGAUGUAUCAUCUCAAUACCCACCAGUGUACUAUCCACAGUGAUAUGCAAGUUCUCAAACUUUAGGUGGUCUAUGCAUGUGUUUGAAUAGAAUGCCAAUAUGUGGAAGGCUUUUUUGCCUUUUUUUUUAUCACCAAGAUUUUGGCAUGAUGACCAAAUCUGGUUUUUCCCUUAGUUGUUAAUGAGCAAGGAAUUCUUGAAAUACUAUCUGAACCAAUGUCCAUGGUUCAGAUGUUUUGAUUAAUAUGACUUGUAUCAUGUUGAUCAUUCA